CCUGCGAAUCUGAGUUAGUAUCUCCAGACCGUAGUCUUGAAAUUAGAAAUGGACUACACGCUUUACAAGGACGAACGAUAUGCAUUAUGCAAAGCUACAAUCCAAUUGUUUUUCCUUUUAAAAAGGUUCUAAAAUUCUUAUGCACAUGAACGAUGAAUCUACUUGUUUUAUGCUAGGGUCAUUUCGGACAAUACAUUUCUCAAAAGUAUAUAUUGUAUUACUCAAUAAAUUAUCUAUUUUUGGCUUUAUAAUUAAUCUUCACUGUCCAGAUAAACUUGCCUUUUUUUUCGCAAAUAUUUUUUUUGCGUGACUAAACUUUUAGCUUUGGAGAAGUCUUAUGGACUUUUAAAUUUAAGCUUGUUUAGGUAGUAUUUCUUUCAACAUUUAUAAACUUUUGAGAAAAAAAUGUUAUUUGACAUUAUUAAUUUUAUGACUUUAACCUUGGUUUAAGUACUUAAAAACAAUAAAUUUUUAUAAAAUACGUAUUUAUUAUAUUUAAAUAAAAUAUUAUUAUUAACUACUUAAAUGCAAUCUUAAAAGUUAACAUUUUUCCUAAUGGUAUUUUCAUAUUUGAUUGAUAUUUUAUAAUUUAGAAUCGAAGUUGAUAUUGGUUCGAUUGUUAAUGGAUAAGAAGGAUUAAUUUAAGAAGAGAAAAAGGAAAAGGAAAAGGAAAAGGUUGACAGGGCAUGGAAGUAAAUUGGGGGGAAGAGGACAAGCAUGGAAAAACGCAGACAAACAAUGUUGUUCCAAAAAGAAAGAAAAAGGAGGCCCCUUGAGAUGCCAUGUAGAGUAGUAAUGGUGACAAGGGAGAAAAAAGAGAGUGGGUUGGGAGGAGUAAAUUUAGGCAUCCACGAUAGACGAUAGACGAUAUGGUGUUGUUUCUUUUAAGCGAAGCAAUAAAGAUAGAGAGAAAAACCAUAAAAGCUGUGAAGGGUGUCCCUGUCGAAAGGUGUGGUGGCAGUGGCAUGUAAAGCCUCAAUCUAUCAAAGGGGGCAUCUAAACCAAAACGCUCACUUCCUUCCCUACACAUAUAACCAACGGUUCUAACUUCUAACUAGCAAGUAAAAAUAUAAUAAUAUAUGUCAAAAUUGAGAAAAAUAAAGUGAGAAGGGAAGAGCCAGUUUUGCUGAUUCAAUGAGUUUUGGAUGGGUUGGUAUGUACGUGUAGUAGUAGCAGCAGCAGUAGUGUGUGUAGGUAGUACAAGAACAGCAGUGAUGAAACCAAACCUUCUUCAUUCUCAGUUCUGACCAAAACACUGCCACCCUCUCCAUAGGCCCAGAAUGAAUUCCCCCUCCUCUUGGCUAUAGCCCCUUUUCUUCUUUCAUUCAUAAUUGUACAACUACAACUACUACUAGUUCCACUCUCCAUUUUGGCAUGGAACUGAAUGGCAGUGAACAAGUUUCAAACGGGUGCCACUUGCAUAAGCAACAAAGGGAGAGUGGCAAAAACCGACCAUCAACCCAAUAAGCCAAAACGUUUUGCUCUGUUAAAAGCUGGAAGAGAACAGCGCGAAAAAGGGUCUGAGUCUGGAUCCUCAAAGGAAUCAUCAUCAUCAUCAUCGUCAACUCCACCACCACCACCAUCAUCAUCAUGUAGAGCAGCAAGAAGAGCAGCAACAAAACGUGCUCCAACAGCAACAGCAACCGUCGUAUUUAUUAGACCCAGGUCGGUUACAAGCGCCAAAGAAACGGUCUUAUUCGGGUUCGGGGGAGCAUGUGGGAACGACGUCGUCGAGGCAAGGGGGAAUGAGAGGGGGGGUGGGGGAGAUAGUGGAAGUUGAAGGGGGUCACAUUGUGCGGUCCACGGGGCGGAAGGACCGACACAGCAAGGUUUGCACCGCCAAAGGCCCAAGAGACCGCCGGGUCAGGCUUUCGGCCCACACCGCCAUCCAGUUCUACGACGUACAAGACCGUCUGGGCUACGACCGCCCCAGUAAGGCCGUCGACUGGCUCAUCAACAAGGCCAAAUCCGCCAUCGACCAACUCGCCCACCUCCCACCCUGGAAACCUACACUCCCUGUUCCUAAUAAUCAAAACGACGACGAAUCGCACAACCCUAACCCCAACCCCAACCCCGAUGAAGCAAUUCUCCGCCAGUUAGGGGAAAAUGAAAACGACAACGAGAACGGAACUGAGAACGAGAACGAGAGCUUCCGCCACCACGAUGGCGGUGGUGGAGGUUCUGCUUUUCUUCCGUUGGACAACGACGCGAUUCGGUCUUUCUUCCCCACCACCACAUCGUCGUUGAUUCAGUUCCAGAGCUACCCGCCGGAUUUGCUUUCCAGAACGAGUAGCCAGGAUCUCAGGCUCUCGCUUCAGUCGUUGCAGGAUCCGAUUCUGCUUCACCAGAACCAGAACGAGCACGUGCUUUUUACCGGCACCGGGUUCGAUGGCAUGGUGGCUUGGAACAAUGCUUCUGCUGUUGCUGCUAAUGAUACUGGUAACGAUGGCAGUGGUGGUGGUGGUGGAGGAGGAGGGUUUGUGUUUAACGCUCCUUCAGCUUCGCUGGUGCCGGCGACAUCGCCGGCGGUGGUGUUUGGCCAAGGCCAGUAUCUUUCUCAGAGGGGACCCCUUCAGUCCAGUAACAACCCUUCAGUUCGUGCUUGGAUUGACGCGCCGUCAUUCGUCGCCGCCGAUCAUCAUCUUCAUCAUCAUCAUCGGCAUCAUUAUCUUUCGCCGGCGGCGUUGGUGUAUCAGUCUUCUCCUUCUUCGGCAUUUGCUCCCGGUGGCUUCACCGGUUUCCGCGUGCCGGCACGAAUUCAGGGUGAGGAGGAACACGACGGCGUUUCCGAUAAGCCGUCCUCUGUUUCCUCCGAUUCUCGCCGUUGAAACCGCCAAUUUCACUCUCCUUUCUGUUCAGGUGCUCGAAUUCAAAACCCUCAGUUCUUGAAAUCAACCAAUUGGGUGUAUCAUCUGCUUCUGCAGUGUCUCCGAAGAACGAGGAUGAGGAGUUGGAUUUGGAUUUUAGAUUUGGAAUGGUUCGGUUCAAUGGCCUGUGCUUGGGGAAUGAAGAAAAUCUGGGGUUGGAUUUCCAGGUUUUCCAAUUCUCCACUUUUUUAUGUUAUUUUACGUUUGAUUAGGAAGAAUUUCAAGUUCGAGUGCUAUGUUUUUUCUAUAUUCCGUGUUUGGAUUGUUAUGUUUGAUGUUUGUUACAACUUGUAGUGGCUGUAUCGUUUGUACUUGGAUAUCUAGUUUCUUAGUUUUGGUCUGAAAACAUGCACGUAGAUAUCACAGCUAGUUUGCUCGAUUUAUCUUGUAUUUCCAACUUAGUGCAGAGGCAGAUGCAGGGUGAGGCUUUCUCUCCAUUGCAAAACAGGGCAAAUCCCAAAUAAGCCAACAUAUGAAUAAUUGGGUAGUGUAUGCUAAAGGUUCGAGUUGGAUGUUACUGUCUUGUUUCAAUAGAGGGAAAGAGACGGGCAUUUUCUUCCCGUUUGGAAAAUGCCCAAUUCUCAAAAUACAUUGUCAAAGGGAUGAAAAGAGGGUUCUCUUUCGUGUGAGAAAUGAUUGUUUUGUUACUUUUUACUGCUUUCUAUUGCGACCGUCCAUCCAUGUGUAGCUUCCUCAUCCUGCUAAAAGAAAUUGAAAGAUGAUUCUACUGUUUUAUUACAUC